AUGCUGCAUGAAGAGGAGUUCCGCUGCUACAUCAAAGAUCUCGCCGAGCGUGCGGCGUUUGUGCGCACCAACCAGCGGUUGACGGCGGAGGAGAUGGAGGGGUUCCUCGCGACGGAGGUGAGCCAGCGGCGGGAGAUUCGCAACGCCCGCAUCCGCCACAUCCUACUGUGCCACGAGCUGGAGAAGCUGCAGAAAACGGCGGCGCAGCGCGACCAACAGCAGGACGGCAUGAAUCUCAUCGACUUUGAGCAGCUGAAGAUCGAGAACACAAACCUCAACGAGAAGAUUGAGGAGCGCAACGAGGACCUGGUGAAGCUGCGCCGCAAGGUCACCACCACCAUCCACGUCCUGACGCAUGUGAAGGAAAAGCUGGAGUUUAUGAAGGUCGAAAAUGCCCAUCUGCGGCGACAGGUCGCGGCGACGGAGGACGAGGUCAACGGAGUGCGGGACAAGCUGGCGCAAACGAAGCGGCGCCGCGACCACUUCACCACUUCCAACAUUAAGAUGCGGGAAAAGAUGCCGAUGGUGGGCUCUGAAAAGCUGCUGCUUGACUAUGAGAAGCGCAAGGAGGCAUCUACCACAAUGCGGCAAAAUGUCUUGGAGAACGCCGCAAAGCACCGAGAACUGCUGGCGGCCAUUGACCGGAAGCAGAUAUUGCUCAAUAGCCUGCAGAAGUCCCUCGCGCUCGGAACCCCCGCAACAACUGCGACCAUAACCGCCAAGACUACUGUACAGCUGCCGGGGUAG